AUGACUGCCCUGGCGAGGUACCUCCCGAUUCUACCGCUUUUAUUGCUGGGAUUGGGGCUGCUUUGGCUUGGGCACGACAACGGCGCGGAGACGCCCACGCAGUCCCGCUUGGCAUCGGCGUCAACGGCGGGCAAGGCACAAGGCCAGGAAGGCCCGGCGCAGCUGCUCUUGCUUGCGACCCACCACGGGAGCAUGGCUCCCAAACAAGGAGGUGCUGGCAGCCAGUCAUCGCAGAAGGGCGGCCCAGGAAAGGGCAAAGAGAAAGCGGACAAUCCGCAGGUUACAAAGAUCGAAUUUGGACUGCCCCCCUCGAUGGUUCAAUCCUUACAAUCGAUCGCGACCAGGGCUACACAGGACUUGUGGAGCCAGACAGCCUUUACUGCCGAGAAUGCCACCGUCGAACAGCUAGCCCAGCGGAGUGCAAACGCCCUGGGCCGACUGUCGAGGCGGUUGAACGGCAAUGUCCGCGCCAAGAAGGACCUUCAGGAUGCGCUGCUGGCAUGGCUGUCUACAAUGGGACAGCAUCUUUUGGGCCUUGCCCACCGUGUAGAUGCUCUCAGCCGGAAAGUGGACGAGGAUACGGUCGCUGCAGUGGAGGAAAUGCGCCAAGUCAUGGCGGCGCAACCCUCUGUGACCACGGAGGAGCAGCUCGACCGUGCGAUCCAGUCUCUGGGGCCAGUGUGGUCCGAGGGCCAAGUGGUGGAGGUUCAGCGUUUGGCAGCAGCUCUUCGAGCCUUCUCCACGACCCUGGCCAUGCCUUCGGGGACUCACGGUCCAGUGCCAGGGCUUGCAAGUGUGCACAGAGGCGGCCCCUUUCUCGGGAUGCAAGCUGCAGCAGGACCAUCUUCGGAUGUUCCUAUGUUUUCUGGCUCUCAGCAGCCCGCUGGAGACCACGCUGCCGACCACAGCUCGGAGAUGAGCUUUGGGCCCUUGGGCAACACAUCCAGCCAAGCCCCUUCUGGAAUGGACGGUCAGCGAAGUGGCCGAUGGCGGAAACGCAGCGGAGGCAAUGUCGACCGGCCCUCCAAAAGCCCUCGUCGGGACCUGGAGGGUGCACCGUGGCCUGGAGAAGCCACAGGACGUACCCCCGAAGGCCUCAAGCGCGAUGCCCAGACUGCUGUUGCCGACGACGACCCAGAAUUACUGCCGGCCACUGCAACAGAAAGUGCCUGGGUUGUGUCAUGGCUGGCUCUCCUUCGCUUCGCUGUGGACAGUGGAGCCGACUUGGUGGGCGAAGUCAGCUGCUGCCCCCAGCAAGACAAGGCCAUGCAGCUCACUCUGGAUGCUCAAGCGCAGGAUGUGGUUCUACGCACUGCCGAAUCGGUCUGGACUGCGUUGGGCAAUGCUGUGGCGGACCCGGCUCAUGCCGACCUGCAAUCGCUUUUUCUAUCUCUGCAGGGAUUUCUACACAGUGCACGGGGAUGCGCCAAUGCUCUGCCACAGGUUCGUCAGGGACUGCUGGUGGCUGCGCUCCUGUCCAAUGGGAACCUCAGGGACCCGUUUGCAUAUGCCCCCUCUACCGCUCAGGAAUGGUUGUUUCCGGACCUUCUCCUGGAAGCGGGGGUGCCAUUGCGCGGGUUUGUGGCAAAGGAUGCUUCAAUGGAUGCACACGUACAAGCCAGUUGGACCAGACACCUGCCAGAACGAACUCGAGUGACCUCUGAUGAUGUCGAGCAGCAUCGGCUUUCCGGCCUGCACGUCACGCUGCUGCUGCUGUACUUCUCAGUUGCUGAUGGGGCUACUCUCAACCUUGGGGCCGCGGUUGUCUCUUCUUGCUUCAUGCAUUCCCCUGAAGCUGUGCAGCUCCAUGCCCACGGAUUUCACGAAGGCCUGCCCGUUCUCAGUACCGGACCUGUCCUCCCCACACCGACCGUGGAGGAGAUGUGCGAGGUCUAUCCGGUUGGGCGUACGGGGAAUCUACUUCUUCCACGCACAGAUCGGAACCGAAGGCAUCUUUCUGUCUUUGUGGGUACGCCUCCCGGCGCUCCGAUCCUGGAACCGUGUCCCAUCCCUCUCCUGGUUGAUGAAUGGCUGCAUGGUCCUCUUCUUCACGCUAGGUUGGCAGCUUCGCUGGGCUUUCCCUCUGGGGUGUUCUCUGCCUCUGCUGUCCGGGGUGUCCUCCCAGGACUGCCAGGUGAGCAAAUUCUUCUGACCCCCGCUGCCUGCUCCUGGCGACAAGUGUGGCUGCCUGUGGAUCUGCGUCAAAUCGGAGGCCGUAUCUGUAUGCUUCAGUGCCCUCGUGACUCUACUUGCAGAGCCAUUGCCCAACUUGCCCUUUCCGCCCAAUCCUUGCAAACUGAGGUCGACCUUCUCCUUGCUCGAUGCCCGUGGGGCUGGUUGACUCUUGUGUCCCAGCCCCUUUUCUUGCAAGAUGUUGACACUCUGCAAUUCCAGCUCGGGCCGUCUACGGGAGCGCUGGAAGGGCCUAUAGGUGCCUCACUUGACCCUCCACUGUCACUGUUUUCGACCAUGCAGGUCAGUUUGCCCUCUGCUCCACUCAAUCAAGAGGCUUUCCCAGGUCACUCACACAACCAGGCCAUCCUCAUCACCCCGAAUGGCCUGGUCUAUGUCGAAGCCCCGGUCUUUGCGGACGCAGCCACAUUUAGGCGCAUCGUCUCGACUCGGGCCUCAGCCAGUGCCACUGGAGGAAUCAUGCGCAUUUGGCAUCCUCUCCCUUCCCUGCCACUUGUCCAGUUUCUGGAAAUCCACUGCGUGGGCGACGAAGACUCCUCCUCUUCGUCGGAGGAGCAGGUUGGAGGCUGGGAUGGCCAGGAUACGUCAGACACCAUUUCGGCCUCUUGGCUUCAAGUUGGGGACUUCGGUGAUGGGACGCUGUGGCAGACGAUCCCGCUCUCAGGGGUUAGCUUUUCUAUCACUUGCCGGUUGUGGGUCCCGGGCUCCUUUGUUCGCCUUGAGUUCGCCAACACUGCUAGUGCCAGAGAGUCCUCUGCGGAACUCUACCGCCGAGCUAUCCAGCUCGGCCGCCCCCACAUCGUUGCUGCAUCUGCGGGACCUACACUUGAUGCGGUCCACUUAGUCCUGGCAGCCGCGCAAGGUGCAGCAGAUUCGACCGUUGUGGUUAAUUCCGCUGCCCAAACUUUUGAUGUCUCGGCCUUCACUCUGCCACAUAGAGAAGGCGUCCUCUCCUUUGAGGUGCCUCGUGCGGCUGAGGUCGAUUCCGCCCUUCUUCAUGCCCUCCUGCGGCAGGUCCUGCCUGGGAAGCACAUUUUCAUCGAGAUUCCCGAUACCGGGGCCCUUCCCCAUGCCACGUUUGCUGCAGUGAGUUCGGGGCAAGACUGCAUCAUUUAUCGUCUUACUGACGCCUCUGUCCCGACGGCCCCGGGGCUCUUUCUUGCAUUUUCUGGAGUAUUUGACUCCUUUUCUGCCUUCUUGGAGAGUCUCCUCAGCAGUGGGCGGCCCGCCGCCGGGCUCCUCCGCAGCCUGCGCACCUUUGGUCUCUCUGUGCUCACCUGGGAAUGCACCACCAUCCCUACCCGUGACGACUGCCACUUCUGGUAUGUCCAUGUGCAAGCCGACUUCGCGCGGGCGCGGCGCCACGCUGUGCAUUUCUUUGGGCACCCCCCGCGCCAUUCGGCAACCUUCUGUGCUGCCCCCGCCUCGGGCCGCUGUGUUGCAAUCACCCCCGUCCUCAUGUGGGGCAGGAGUUGUGCCAGAUUCCGUUUCACUGUCUGGGCACUGAGGGAAGGCGGCCGCCUUGUUGGAAUGUGCACUCCUGUCCCGACUUGGGAAGCUGUUACUCGAGCACUUUCCCUCUCUCUUUGGGAACUUCCCCAGACCUUCCUCUCUGAUAACAAUCAGGUCUGGCCGUACCCUCGGGAUCUUGCGGACGUCACCAAGAAGUGCGUUAGUGUAGGAUAUGAUUCGCCCGAGGGCGUUUCGCAACUGCUGCGUCACUGCACAGCACCUUCCCCCAGCCCACCGCCCUCUCCCCCUGCCUCUCAUUCCGCUGCACUUGGCUUAGCUUGUCUUAGUAAGGGUAAGCCUUGGCUGGGGUUUCUUCUCUUCGCUAUGCAAGCGGGAUCUGUGCAGCUCGCGAUCACGUCAACUGCCCUCACUUCGCGAGUGGGAGCCGAUGAUCCUCUGCUUCCUCGGCGAGACUAUACGCGGACCUGCACCCUCUCCUGGACUCAUGAGCUAGGGCGUCAGACUUAUGGCUUUGCGGUUGCCGCCCCUCAACUCGGCGCCUAUGUGGAAUGCACCUCGCCGUGGCCUGAGGUCCAAAUCCAUUUGUGGUUGCCAGGCCAAGGUCCGGUUCACAUGCGAGUCGGUGCCCGCCACAUGGACAUGCACCUCAGCGCCUACUUGGGUGCUUUCCUGCCCGAUUGCGAAUACGGUCUUCAUGUUGCGUACGACUCCAACCCUCAGGUCCUAGACCUGGUCGUCGCGCCUCCUUCUCCUGUGGCGUGGUGGAUCCUGAGGGACUCUAUUGGGUGCGAGUUGCUUCGGCCGGUCAUCCAGCACUAUACUUCGCACUGCUCCUUUUUCUUCUGCACAGUCGAGCCCGACGGUGUUGUUCUUAGUGUUGAGCCCUCAGCCGAAGUCCGACAAAUGUCUCCGAGCCCGCAUGGGGCUAGAGCUUUGAUCUCGCGUGCCCUGCCCGGCCUCAUUGGUCAGGUGAUCGAUGGCACGCUGCUGAUUGCUGCAGCUAAAGCAGGACCUUUGGUUCUUGGUCACCUUGCAAUGCUCUUGUUAACUUUUCAUGCGGCUGCGAUGCAACCACCGCAGGCGCAGCAACUAGUACCGGUUGCUGAGGUUGCUCCCACACCGUCCACCAUGCGCAUCUGGACCUUAAAUGUGCCGCAGCCAGUCGACCUGCCUUGGCGUCCCCAAGGGUAUCAGACCCGGUGGCUCCGUGAGUUGAUGUGCCGUCUCCACCAUAUUCCGGAUCCGGGGGAGUUCCGCUCCACUCACUCCCAGCAAGGGGGUACUGUUCAGCACGUUCUCUUUGUGCCUGUCGUACCUCCAACCCUUCCUACGGCCAGGUUCUGGCUCCUCCAUUGGGGCGCCGCGGCGGUCGUUACCUUCGGUCACUCGCCCUUCAAUUGGGAGGUUGUCUAUGCUCACCUCCGCACUCUGUUUCAAGGUGGCCAAUUGCCGGAGCGGUGCCCCACACUUGCUUAUGCUGGCCAGUUCUAUGCCCCUGGCACGGUUUUGCCGGACUUCCCCUCGGGUGCUAUUAUCCAGAUUUUAGUCGGGGCCCUGGAGCGGCUACCUGGUGACGAUGACCCCUGGAACCCGGCCCUGCGCUUGAACCGGCCAUUGUUCUGGAUGGUCAUGGCAACAGGUUGGCUGCCGGAGCUCUGCAAUCCCCUCUGGUCGAUCAAGGUGUUCAAACCGACCUUUCCGGAAAUGGCACUGGCCUUGAUCAUGCCACUGUCUCCAGGGUGCAUCACCUCUCCCAGCGACAAUCCACCUGUCUUGAGACUCUCCUCCCAGAGUGCAUGCGCGGCUGAUACCUCUACGGCUGAUCUUUUGGAUCUCUGUGAUGCAGCAGGUUCUCAGGCUGUGUGCAGACUGCCGUGGGCAGCUUUGCUUCUUCUUGGCGUUCAGGUGCCUCGCGCCCUUGGGGCGGUUGGGAGUCUUCUUGUUCUUGCUACCCUCAACUCGGGGUCCAUCAUUACACCACCGCAGGCUAGCUCCGAGGAAGAGCAGGUUAAUGAUACUGCCCCUCCGGCUGUGCAGGCCACUAAUAUGUCAGCGGCGGACUGGGCCCCCGCACCCGUUGUGCGACCAGCCGGCCCUCCCCCGCCAGAGCCGGUGAAUGCUCCCUUCCAACCUCACAUGAUGUUUCUUCGCGCGGCGAGGCCACUUGAGGAUUAUGCCUUGAGACAAUGGCCCUCCACGGUAGAUAGGGAACCUGCAGCCGAUGAAGAUACGGUGCGGAGGGUCCAGGCUGACCUCCAAGGCCUUCGAUGCGGGAUCCGAACACUGGCAGCCGCGAUCCCACUCGGCACGCCCUUUUGCAUCCAUAACCCGUUUACCGCACGGCAGCAGUGUGAGUUGGUCGAGUAUUCAGCGGGCCCCGAAAUUAACCCCUUCGUCCUCUUCGAGGGUCAUGCUAGAGGCCGCGGCUGGGCAGGUCUGGUGCUCCUCCAGCCCCAGCCCGAUGCCAGGGCAGUUCAUCUCAUUGGCUGUCCUCAGGCGGCCGGUAACGUAGCUGUAGGGGUCGCUAUUGAGCACCGCUUAAUUCCCUGCUGCCUCCCCGCGACUGUUGAUAUCGCUGCCCUCAGGGCCCUGCGCUUGGAUGGCACUGAAUAUGACCUUCGGCCGCCUGAGGUCCAGGAAGGCACACAGGUUGUCCAGUUUAGGAACGGCGAUUGCCUCUCAGCUAGGCGGCAUGUUCCCCGUCGGUCCCACCAAGGCCAAGCUAGCAGGGAUCCUGCUGCUGCUAGAAGAACGGUGAGUGCGGGCGAGCGCGAUGCCAGCCCUGCUGACGAAUCCGCAGCCAUAGCUGCCUCACCAUCUCUCUGGGCCUCUCUUUUACUCGUGCAGGUCCUUCGCAGCCGCCCUGGCUCUACCUGGCUUGUUGCUGCCAUUCUACCCAGCCUGGUCCAGAGUAUGCACAGACCUGGAGGCUUCCCAUGGGGGACCGACUCGGCGAACCGUGUAUUCUCAGGGAUAACUGCCGAGGAUCCAGUCUAUGUAGUCCUGCAUAGUCCCUUCUUAGGGGUUUUCCCUCCCUACACGGCAUCUCAGGAGACCCCCCACUCGCAAGUCUGGGCGCAGUUCCGCAAUGAUGACCCGGGUUGGGCGGAAGACUUCUUCCCCGUUUGGCCGGGGCCGGCAUUCAAUGAACUUUCUAUCGUCCCAAUUGGACGUGAUCCAGCUUUGGUCACUUUGAUGCUUAUCUGGCGGGGCCACCACCGGGCCACACUUGUUCCCCGCACGAUGACCGUGGACUGGAUUACGUCCUUCACGGCCAGACAUAUCAAUAGUGCUGUCGGGGGUGUGUCUCUUCCCCACGGGCUUGCCGUCUGCGAACUUUUUGAUGUGCCACCUGCCGCGUUUAGGUUCCGCAACGGGGACGUCGUGUAUGUACAUGAUCCACCAGAUGACCCCGAUGAGCCACUUGAACUAGUGGAGCCCUGGCAUCUACAGGAUGGUCUGGCUGCACAUCACGCCCCCUGGGCGGUCGGAUUUCAGCUCAUGUUCCCGAUUUCAGUCCAUUUGCUGCGACCUGAAAAACCGCCCUUGCUCACCACUAUACCGGCCGGCGAAUCUUGGUGCCCUGAAGCGUUCUCCUUUUCCGGCGAGUUCCAGCACCAUUUCCCGGGCAUGUGGACACCUGUCCAAUGGACGAGUGCCCGUGCCCUGCAGCUUAUUGAGGUCAACGGGGUCGCUGCUCGAGUCAAUGUUGUCGCGGCCACGCCAGAGGGUCGACUAUGCCGUACUGUCGACCGCAUUGCCUCUCGGCACAGCGUUGCUGACCAGCUCCACUUCUGUCCAGAUUCGAUACAAGUUGGCGGAGUGCCUGCGUAUGCCUUGGACCAGGCCUGCGAACUCAGGAACGGUGAUGUGGUGUUUGGGGCAUUCGAUCGGAGUGCAUGCCCUCGUAGCCCAGGCUCCCCGAGCUGGUGGCUCGGUGUGACCCUCACCACCUUGCAUCUGAGCCAGCAGCGGCAGACGCGUCUGCCUCUUCUUGUGGGUUAUACCCUUUCAUACCACGCUGGUCUUAGCGACCCAUAUGCCAUCACUCCCUUUCAUGCGCCUCACACUGCCGCUGCACCUAGCUGCCAGUCGCUAAUCGGAGGGUCCUCCUGCUCUGCUGACGAGGACCCUCCCUGGAGUGGCAUGGCCCUGGGCUGCGCCUCAUCUGCCAUAGGUGGCCCACAGUCUUGGUGGCGGGGCUCUCUUUGCUGCCCCAUCCUUCCUGGUGUCUCGGCCGCCCUCCUGUUUCCCGGCCUACGCGGCAUUGCCCUUCUGGCGGCCUCCGCGUGUAUCCCUGCUUCUCAGGCCAUGCUUCAACAAGCGUCCGCCUCGUCAGCCACUGUCCCGGCUGCUGCAGCUCCUCGCGUCACUGUUACGGUUGCUAACCCUUUUGCCCCUUGGAAUCGGGUCGAAGCCGACCCGCGCCACCUCUUUGACGAUGUCGUCGCUGAUGCGCAUCACACUUUAGCAUCUUGGCAUCAGGGUUUUGCAGCUACGGGACUUGUGCUGGACAGCACCCAGGUUGUUGUUCCCUUGCCCGGGCGUCGCUUGGUCUGCUUGUUGGUGCAAGGCAUGGGUCAGCUGUUGUGCGUUAUUCUGCCAGCCUUCAUGACCCCGCGGGAUCUCACGCAAGCCAUUCAAAUGCGACUUGGCAAACGAGUCAGCGUCAGCCUGCUACCUGGACUGGCGGCUACUGUCCGUGCCAGCCGUCCGGUCCUUGCUCUGAGAUCUGGGGAUAUUAUUGCUAUCAGCCCACUUCAGCUUGACCCACUUGCCGGGCCGCGGAACCCACCUGUCUUUCUAACAUGGGGGGCUGCUCAUGCUGCGGCCGCGUGGCGCUCAGACUUUCUCGUUGCUCAGGCCUCCUGUGUUCUGCUGUGGUCGCCUGGCCGCCCUACGCGAGUCGCUCUUUUAAGGCAUCAAGCCCGAUGGAUUGCAGCUGCCGCCACGGUACAUCACCAUGAACAAGAGCUAGGAACCCACCGCUGGGCGCCUUGCCAUGGUCACCUCGGCGCCCCACCUUGGCUCGUUGAACAGUCUGAGGUGGCAGGCCGCGCUAAUAUUAUCCAGUCCUGCGACUCCACUCGUUGCAUUGAAGUGGAGCGCGAUGCCCAUGACCUUCACAUCUCAGGUUAUACUGUUCGUCCUGCCUCAAGUCACGCCUGUCGCACUGCCACUGUGCGCGAUGGCGACUGGUGGGUCCACUCAGCGGCCGUUGGGCUGCUUGGGCGCCAUCUCUCCUUCCCAGCACAGCUCGCCUGGCUUCUAUACAGCCUUGCCGCCCAUGCCUGGGCUGGUUCUUCGAGCUGCCCAAGUGUUGACUCCUCCGAGGCAAGAACCAUCCGCACCCGCCGGCGACCCAGCCGUAGUCGUUCACCGGGUUCACAGUGGCCGGGACGGUUUUUCCCUCCUCGAGUUGACUUUAAUGAUGGGGAGCCCUACGUUCCGCAGAGUGGCUGGCAGCCUGACGCCCCAGACGGCCCACUCGCACGCUGCUUCCCGGGGCCUCGGCCGCAGACUGCCAGAGUCCUCUGCCCCCUGCGGGGCUGGAGCGAGCUCUUGUUUAUUAACCUGGCAGGCACCUGGCGGGAAGUGGAGCAUGAAGGUGCUCGGCACUGCGGUCUCUGGUCGCGCAGGUUCUUUCCGGUGCGUGCUGUGCUUCCCGUCUCGCAGCUCACUCUUGCUCCAGUGGCCCCAUAUGGCCUCGUUACAGUUGUCUUUCACAUGGAAAGUUGCUCAGCCGUGGCUCUGGCGUCUGUUGACUCCAGUUUGGUUGACCUUCAGCGGCUCGCCGCUCGUGUGUUCACGCAUGCUCGCUACUGGCGAGUGGUUGCGCCGCCUGUGUUACGCGCGGCCAACCCGCACACUCAUCUACGGUUGCGUAACGGCGACGCCUUUAGUCUUGUUCCUGAACAAUCUCAGCCAGAGGCCACCCGCUUCCCACUGCUGCAGUACCCCUCCCUCGAGCGGGCCCGACAGGUUGCCAGCUGGUCUCUUCCUUUUCGGUUUGACUCUGGUGGGCUCGUAGUUCUCUGGUAUUCUAAUCGCCGGCAUGGGCACUACAUUAGGAUUAGGGAUACGGGCUACUGGGACCCUGAAGGUCCCACCUUUUGGAGCCUUAACGGGGAGGCUUUGUCAGGUUCAUGGGUCCCGGUCCUUACGGGUGACUUGUCGAGUCUUCACCUGGUGCAUCAAGCUUCCGUUGGUGAGGCGCACGUUCUCUUCCUUCUGCCGCCGGACCUCAUGCCACAGGGCCGGCGGCUCGCGGGCUGCAAUGCUUAUCGUGCCCCUCCUGGGUGGCGACUUCUGCCAGCUCUGCAAUAUGUUCGCGCGGACAGCCCUCUUCGAGACGGCGAUGUGCUAGUCAUUGACCCAGACGCCAGCGUGGUCUGGGACCCCUUCGGUCCACUUCCCUCUGCGGCCGUAGAGGAGUCUCAUUCUGAUUGGCCCUCCUGCUCGUCACCUUCUGAGAUACGAGGGGCCGGUUGGCUUGCCUUUCUUGCUGUCGCUGCUCGAUGGCCCCGUUGGCUUACUCUCGCUCUCCUUUCUCAUUACGUGUGUGGCAUGGUCCCGGUCCUGGAGGUGCCGGAUAGGCCCAUUCGCACAGGCCUGUACCCAUGGCGAGCCAAGCCCGGCGAGGAAGACCUUGUCGACCUCUCUCCUGGCACUGAGAUUGAUGUUGUGUAUCUCAGCCCUUUCACUGGUCCGCGGGAAGCUGGACGUCUCCCCACUGUGUCCACACUUGAGGAUCUGAGCUCGCUUGCGCGGGCGUGCGAUCCUGAAUGGGCUGCUGAUGUUGCGCCGGUGUGGCCCACAGCGGCCAUCCCUGCCCUGCUUGUUGUGCCCAGGCCCCUCUCUCUCGAUAUGGUGUGUCUCGCCAUAUCGUCCUUGGAUCAACACUUUUCCAUCCUGACUCCAUGUGUUACUUCAGUGUCAUGGCUCAGUUUUGCUCUUCGUUUUCUGCAGCCUAUGCAGACCCUGUCCGUGCGAGCUCCCAGCCCUCUCACUGCUGAGGCCACCACGGAUCAAAAUGUUAGAUGGCGCUCAGGGGACCUCGUUGUCGCUCUUCCGCCCGCCGCCUUUGUGCCUGAGUAUCAACCGCCCUGCUUCCACUCUGACACUCAAGUUCGUCAUUGCGCCAUAUGGUCGGUUGAUUUUUCAGUUUCCUUUCGCGCGAACUUCGUCCUGUGGCAACCGGGCGUCAGGGCCGUUCGGGGACAUGCCCCCGCAGGAGCUCGCUGGCAGGCACUCGACUUCACCUUCGAAGGGGAAUUCAGCCAACAUUACCCCGGUCGCUGGGUGCCCGUCCCCUGGAUUGCCCAGGACCACACGCAUCUCGUCCUGCUUCCUGAGGACCCAUCCCGUGCCAAUGUGGUGGUGGAAGCGGAUGGUCAAUGCUGGUGCGCCUCCAUCACUGCUGUCACAGAUGCGUGGCAACUGUGGACUGAACUGCCGACUGUCUCCGGUCAACCUCGGGUCCUCGGCGUUUCUCAUCGCGAGCUUAGGCAGGGAACUACCCUACGUAGCGGCGAUGUGGUGUCCGAGGCCUCCGGACGCUUUACACCUUGGGCCGUUUUCAGUUUGAUCGGGGUGUCUGGGUGGCGUACUGCCGGGCCUAGCGUGGUUCUCCUAGCUAUUGGACUUGCCUGGGGGCACUCUGUCGGGGCUACUCGCUACACUGGCGCUGCCCCGAGCUCCUCUCUGGACCGGCACGCAGAGGGCCCUCUCUUGCCAGACUGUUUCCCUACUUGCCAUCGGCUGUGGGAUCCUGCUUGUGGGGUCCUUGGACCCUUCCGUGGUACCUCCUUGGAGCCUCCCGUCGCUCUUCGAGAUGCUGCUCCCGCAUGGUCAUCCUUUACCCGGGUUCACCCUCCACAGGACCCUCGCCUUGUUGACUGGGUUCCGGUGCCCUCUGACCCGAUGUUUGCCACCGUCCUUCUCCAGUGCCCCCCGGCCACCCGGGCUGCUUUCCUUCCAGCUACGUGCGCCGCUGCGGAUUUGCUCCGAGCCUACAAUCGAAUUGUCCGGGACCUGUCUCUCAUCUUGGCACCCCCCGAAAUUUGGUGUGGGACGGCUACCUCACCGAACCCAACUCUUUUCCUCCGGUCCGGCGACGUUCUCACGCUCGCUGGAGAGACCUGGGCUCCUCGCCUUCGCUCGCCGGCCGGGCGUUACUGGGACACGCUGCUGCAGGCGCGUCACUUCGCCUUCUGGGGAAGCCCUUUCAGCAUACGCCAACCUGGGCUCCUGUUUGCCUGGUCACCUGGUGACCCGGUCCCACUCACUGUACCCACGGUUCGCGACGAACAAUGGGACCCCGUGCACUGCACAUUCCGGCCCUCCCUUGCCUGCUUCAGUGUCACUCGAUGGAUUCCUGCACAGCGGCUUGAUGACCUUGGUCUUCACCUUGUCUCUGAGAGCCCGAACCUGCACCGUGCGCAUGUUCUUCCCGCACAGCCUCCCCUGCACGUCCAGGUCGUUUCGCGACAAGGGUCGAGUGGCCUGCUGCGUGACGGAGACAGCCUCUCUGGCUGUCGACCAACCCCGUCCCUUCUCCUUCCCCACCUUUUAGUUGGGGGUCUGCUCCCGAGUACUCUCCGGCGGCUUUGGCUUGCGGCCCUUGGUCUCGGGCUCCUGGCAAGCUACGGCCCGCCAGCCUUCCCAGCUCAUCUGCUCUUUCCCCGUGCAGGGGCCCUUUCAGGGAACUGCCUAGCUCCCGCGUUGGAUUUUGGCCUCCUGUUCCGUACCAGCUGCUAUCUCCGCGCUCGGGGCGCGCCUGUUUGGAGCAGCACUGAUGGAAUCUCGUGGUCGGCUGAUGUUCAUGAGGAAUGCGUCGCCCAGGCUUCCAUACACCAACUCUGGUGGUCUCAUGAGCUUUACCCGUUUCUUCCCGCAUCCGCCCCUCCAUCAUACCGUCAGGCUUUCUGCAACUUCCCGCUCUGGCACGGGGGAGUGCCUGACCAGGUCUUCAUUGCCACUGACGGCAGCGGCGAGCAUGGAGGGGCUUGGGCCUUCUGUGUGUGGGCUUGGUGGCGCCAUCGAUGGUACCGCGUCGGUUGGUUUGGGGCCUCUGGCUAUCAGCUCCCCUGGACCCCUGACCUGCCGCCCUCGGCAGGCGGCCUCUCCUUCCACACUGAACUCGCGGCCUUACAGGCUGCCGGACUCUGGCUUAUUGCCUGGGUUGACCGCCUGUCCCUUCUCACAGCCUCUGCCCCUACCAAGGUUACUGUUGCGGUCGAUAACGCUGCGGCACUUCAAAUCGCAGCAGGGCAGGCCCAAGCCGCAGCACCUGCCACCACCACCACUCGGUAUGUUUGGCAGGCCGUUCAAGCUCGGCUCUCCACACGGUUCCAGCAUGUCCAUAGCCACGUCGGAGUGCUCCCAAACACCUUCGCGGACUUCCUUGCCGGCUGGUCGGGUCGAGUCUCCUGGCAACCGUGGAAGCAGCUUGACCCUUUGCUACCCUCCCUCAUGCAAAACGCUGGUGACGUGCUCCCUCCUGCCGAGGAUACCUUGACAUCCACUGAGGCCGCUGCUCCACCGGGUCGUCCACUUGCCGAUUCUCCCAUCCCUUUGCGCUUGGUCACAGCCAAUGUUCAAACGAUGCGUGACUCCAACGCUUCAUUCUUCAAUCCCUCAGGGCACGGUCAGCGGCGCCAGUACCUUUAUUCUCAGGUUGCUACCUUAGGCCUCGACGUUGUCUGCCUGCAAGAAGCCCGCAGCAAGGGUGGCCGUUGGGACACAGCCGGCCUCCUCACCUGGCGCUCCGGCGCGCAGAAAGGGAGUUACGGUUGUGAAAUCUGGAUAAGGCCUGGCAUUACCAAUCCGCCCUUGCGGCUUGAUGACUGGCGCAUCGCUAGCGCCGACCCUCGUCUUCUCGUUAUUGUCAGCAAGCGUGCGGACUUACCCAUUGCUGUCAUCGCCGCCCAUGCCCCCCACGCUGAGCGGCCCGCUUCUGAGAUUCACCACUUUUGGUCUUCGUUGCACUCGUCCCUGUGCCAGUUGCCCCGGGCUCUGUCUCUUGUUCUCGGCCUGGAUGCUAACGCUGACCUACUUUGGGCGGACGAAGACCACGCCUAUAUCGGCGACUGUCUGGGCAACAGUGAGGAGGGUGCUGGCGAGCAAGGUCUUUUUGACACUAUCCAGCGUUUCGGCCUUCUUGCUCCGGCUUCCUUCUCCGCCAUCCAACAGGGCCCGGGUUGGUCCUGGGAGCAUACGGGCGGUACCAGGAAGCGGCUUGACCAUCUCCUGCUUCAGGCGGGUCCAUGGCAGUGCACCCGCGCCCGUCAGCUUCCCGAGUUGGACAUUCUUAACGGCCGCAGAGAUCAUAUGCCUCUCCUUGUUGAAUGCUGUCUUAAACGACAGGCGACACUGGCACGACCCCCCGGGGCAUCCAACCGAGCUACCGCUAAGCAAGCACAGCUUAUUGCUGCCAGCCUUUGGCGUGAGCUCCCAUCUCCCGUGCGCAGCAUCGUUGAGGUUGGACAGGAGAUCAGGGAUCUCAAAGCUAGGCACCUCCGCCUCUUGGAGGCCCUUCCGAGAGCUCCUCGGCGGCCUGCCCGCCAGCCCUACAUCACUGCUGAGUCUGUUGCCGCCCUGGAUGUUGUGCGGCAGGCUCGCGAGCAACUCCCGCGCCUCCGCAGUAAUGUCGAAUGGCAGAAACGGCGCUUUCUUCUCCUUGUGUGGCGAUGGAGUUGCGUCAGGGGUCGAUCCGACACUGCUGUCCCCCGCCCAGACCCCACCGGGCUUCAACAUGCCAGGUUGUUGUUACAGGCCUGUAAUCUGCACAUCCGGGGUCUGCAGCAGAAGGCACACUAUCUAGCCCGCUCUGACAAGCUUGCCCAUUUCCGCACUCUUACCCUUGCUGCCACCCAGCACUGGGAAUCCACAGGCGUUCCUUUGGAAUCUAUCCGGCAUCUUCGAUGGGCCUCUCGCAAGGCCCAUGACCGCCGGGCUGUGCACGCCGCUGGCGGUUUCGACAUCGACCGUGAGCUUGAAGCACAAUUUCGUGACCAGGAAGGCGCCCGCCUCGUCUCUCCGGCACUGCUCUCACAAACAGCCGAGCAGUGGCUCUCUGUCGAUGCCACUCGCUCCCCGUGCCUCGAGGCAGUUCCUUCACUGCUCCAAAUGGAGCAAAUGUGCAUCCGACAGGCACCAGCUAAGGCACCAGGACCUGACGGCCUGCGGAACGAGCUCUGGCGGGAACAUGGAGCUCUUGCCGGACAAUGGCUUUGGCCACUCUGCACCCGCAUUGCGCUUCAAGGCCGAGAACCCUUCGAUUUCAAGAAAGCCAUCGUCUGCGCCCUCUACAAAAAGGGCCCGGCAUCAGUACCUGCCAACUACCGUUCCAUUGCCCUCCUUAACGGCAUCGCUAAGCUGUGGCAUUCGCACCUCCGCACCACGGUCGGUGGACAUGUGCUGUCUCGUUAUGAGCCCAUGCAGCUAGGAGGGCGCAGAGGUGUCCACACUGGGUUUGCACUGGCGGCUUUCCGAUGCGCCUGGGACCUUUCCGUCGCAGCGGGGCGGUGCGUUGCUGUUGUCUUUGUCGACAUCCAAGCCGCUUACUAUGAGGCUAGCCGAGAUCUUCUCUUCGAUGGCUUCCCUGACGAUGUUGAUGUCCCGGAGCACCAUCACCUUGCUGGACUUGUCCUCCAGCUUCACGGCCAGGGGGCUCUCUCCGCUCUUGGCGUUGCUGAGGAUGUCAGCGCGCUCCUUCGGGAUUGUGUUGCUCUGUCCCACUGGUCGCUCUCCGGGUCGGACAACAUUUUCUUGGCCUCCCGAGGCUCCCGUCCCGGCGACGGCCUAGCGGACGUUUUGUUCGGCGCCCUAUUUGCCAUUGGGCUGCAACACAUACAGCGCACAGCUUGUUCCAUGGGCAUCUCGCACACCAGUGCCGGGGUCGAGAUCGGCCUCGAGCCAGGCGUCAAGCCGAUUGGCUGGGCUGACGACCUUGCCGUCCUUGCGGACUUCGAUAGUCCUGCCGAGCUCCAAACACAGCUCCCCCAACUCACUGGUGUCAUUCUUGAUACCCUCCGGUGCUUGCGGUUCCGGGUCAAUCUUGGAGCGGGCAAAACUGAGGCCCUUGUCGAUAUUAGGGGAGACGGUGCUCGCGCUGCACGAGGCGCCAUGCUCAGCGGCGACGCCCUUUUGGAAGUCUCCCAAGGUGACAGCAUUCGACUUUGCCCUGAGUACAAAUACUUGGGUGUAGCCCAACUGCCUCGAGACACCGGCAGGCGCGACUGCGAGCUGUCGGCACAGCGGGGGUCAGCGGCGGCGUCGCUUGCCCGAACCCUGCUGUGCAGCAAUUGUCUUCCCUGGGAACUGAAACGAGCCUGGAUUACCGGCCGAGUUCUCCCCUCAGCUUACUCCUCCUUGGCCUUCUCGCGCGCUGACUCCGCCCGGGCUGCUGCGCCAUUGGCUGGACUCUUUGAACGCACAGCUAGGAUCCUGUUGUCUUCCUGGCAAGUCGGUCACAAACUUACCACCCCCUUGCUUCGGCUUCUCGCUGAUAUCACCCCUCCUGACCUUGCUACCACUGUUAGCCAGUGCCGCCUCUGUGUGCAACUUUUCUGCAAGGCUCCAGCGGCUGUCAGGGAAAUUGUCGAUGCUGCGUGGAACCGGGCAAUCCCUUGGUGUCAGGCCCUUGUCCUUGCUUGUUUGCGAGUAGGAGUCGCCCUAGACUCCUGGGACCCCGCCGCUCCUCCCGCCAUCACUGUCCUGUUCGUCCAGCAGAACGGACGCGCUCUCCUUCGAGCGUGCAAGGCUCUGAGCAAAUUUGGGCACAGGUAUGCUGCCUGCGCCCAGCUUUGGGCGGACCUGGCCACCCGUCGCACCACCAAGAUCCUAGGUGCGCCACAAUCCCACAGUUGUCCGGUCUGUCGAGGUGUUUUCCCGAGCCUUCAUGCAGUACGCGCUCACAUGCAUCGGAAACACGGCGUCCUGUCUGAUGUGACUGCCUAUAUGGCGGGCUCGGUUUGUCUCUGGUGUAUGCGAGACUUCCAAUCCUCGGAUCGACUGAAGCACCACCUUCAAACGCAGCGCUCCUGCCUGCACGGCCUGCGUGUUACAGUCGGCCCUGUCUAUCAGUACGGCUCGGGCACAAAACGUUCGGGUCGCGCCAGCCACCGGGGAGUCCCUCCACAACGCAUCUGCGGGCCUUGCAAUGCCACCCCAGCGCAGAGACGGGCGGCCGACCUCGGGGUGCCGGCCGAUGACGCGGCCCUGCAAGCUGAGUGGGAAGCUGUUCAACGCUCCCCUGCGCUCUCGGACCUUGUCCCCGGCAACCUGCAUCGACCAUCUUCCUUGUCGCCUUCCGACGAUGCCUCCGGCGCACAGCAGGCCUGCCUGAUCUCCGCUGCUCGUGGUUCCUCCCCCAAGUCCCUUGCCUCCCAGCAUUCCUGCUCGGCCACUGUUGAGGCGGCCUCUCCUGCGCAACACCCUUUGCAAUGGUUCUCCGUUGUGGAAGGGGUCGACCUUCUCCUUGCUCGAUGCCCGUGGGGCUGGUUGACUCUUGUGUCCCAGCCCCUUUUCUUGCAAGAUGUUGACACUCUGCAAUUCCAGCUCGGGCCGUCUACGGGAGCGCUGGAAGGGCCUAUAGGUGCCUCACUUGACCCUCCACUGUCACUGUUUUCGACCAUGCAGGUCAGUUUGCCCUCUGCUCCACUCAAUCAAGAGGCUUUCCCAGGUCACUCACACAACCAGGCCAUCCUCAUCACCCCGAAUGGCCUGGUCUAUGUCGAAGCCCCGGUCUUUGCGGACGCAGCCACAUUUAGGCGCAUCGUCUCGACUCGGGCCUCAGCCAGUGCCACUGGAGGAAUCAUGCGCAUUUGGCAUCCUCUCCCUUCCCUGCCACUUGUCCAGUUUCUGGAAAUCCACUGCGUGGGCGACGAAGACUCCUCCUCUUCGUCGGAGGAGCAGGUUGGAGGCUGGGAUGGCCAGGAUACGUCAGACACCAUUUCGGCCUCUUGGCUUCAAGUUGGGGACUUCGGUGAUGGGACGCUGUGGCAGACGAUCCCGCUCUCAGGGGUUAGCUUUUCUAUCACUUGCCGGUUGUGGGUCCCGGGCUCCUUUGUUCGCCUUGAGUUCGCCAACACUGCUAGUGCCAGAGAGUCCUCUGCGGAACUCUACCGCCGAGCUAUCCAGCUCGGCCGCCCCCACAUCGUUGCUGCAUCUGCGGGACCUACACUUGAUGCGGUCCACUUAGUCCUGGCAGCCGCGCAAGGUGCAGCAGAUUCGACCGUUGUGGUUAAUUCCGCUGCCCAAACUUUUGAUGUCUCGGCCUUCACUCUGCCACAUAGAGAAGGCGUCCUCUCCUUUGAGGUGCCUCGUGCGGCUGAGGUCGAUUCCGCCCUUCUUCAUGCCCUCCUGCGGCAGGUCCUGCCUGGGAAGCACAUUUUCAUCGAGAUUCCCGAUACCGGGGCCCUUCCCCAUGCCACGUUUGCUGCAGUGAGUUCGGGGCAAGACUGCAUCAUUUAUCGUCUUACUGACGCCUCUGUCCCGACGGCCCCGGGGCUCUUUCUUGCAUUUUCUGGAGUAUUUGACUCCUUUUCUGCCUUCUUGGAGAGUCUCCUCAGCAGUGGGCGGCCCGCCGCCGGGCUCCUCCGCAGCCUGCGCACCUUUGGUCUCUCUGUGCUCACCUGGGAAUGCACCACCAUCCCUACCCGUGACGACUGCCACUUCUGGUAUGUCCAUGUGCAAGCCGACUUCGCGCGGGCGCGGCGCCACGCUGUGCAUUUCUUUGGGCACCCCCCGCGCCAUUCGGCAACCUUCUGUGCUGCCCCCGCCUCGGGCCGCUGUGUUGCAAUCACCCCCGUCCUCAUGUGGGGCAGGAGUUGUGCCAGAUUCCGUUUCACUGUCUGGGCACUGAGGGAAGGCGGCCGCCUUGUUGGAAUGUGCACUCCUGUCCCGACUUGGGAAGCUGUUACUCGAGCACUUUCCCUCUCUCUUUGGGAACUUCCCCAGACCUUCCUCUCUGAUAACAAUCAGGUCUGGCCGUACCCUCGGGAUCUUGCGGACGUCACCAAGAAGUGCGUUAGUGUAGGAUAUGAUUCGCCCGAGGGCGUUUCGCAACUGCUGCGUCACUGCACAGCACCUUCCCCCAGCCCACCGCCCUCUCCCCCUGCCUCUCAUUCCGCUGCACUUGGCUUAGCUUGUCUUAGUAAGGGUAAGCCUUGGCUGGGGUUUCUUCUCUUCGCUAUGCAAGCGGGAUCUGUGCAGCUCGCGAUCACGUCAACUGCCCUCACUUCGCGAGUGGGAGCCGAUGAUCCUCUGCUUCCUCGGCGAGACUAUACGCGGACCUGCACCCUCUCCUGGACUCAUGAGCUAGGGCGUCAGACUUAUGGCUUUGCGGUUGCCGCCCCUCAACUCGGCGCCUAUGUGGAAUGCACCUCGCCGUGGCCUGAGGUCCAAAUCCAUUUGUGGUUGCCAGGCCAAGGUCCGGUUCACAUGCGAGUCGGUGCCCGCCACAUGGACAUGCACCUCAGCGCCUACUUGGGUGCUUUCCUGCCCGAUUGCGAAUACGGUCUUCAUGUUGCGUACGACUCCAACCCUCAGGUCCUAGACCUGGUCGUCGCGCCUCCUUCUCCUGUGGCGUGGUGGAUCCUGAGGGACUCUAUUGGGUGCGAGUUGCUUCGGCCGGUCAUCCAGCACUAUACUUCGCACUGCUCCUUUUUCUUCUGCACAGUCGAGCCCGACGGUGUUGUUCUUAGUGUUGAGCCCUCAGCCGAAGUCCGACAAAUGUCUCCGAGCCCGCAUGGGGCUAGAGCUUUGAUCUCGCGUGCCCUGCCCGGCCUCAUUGGUCAGGUGAUCGAUGGCACGCUGCUGAUUGCUGCAGCUAAAGCAGGACCUUUGGUUCUUGGUCACCUUGCAAUGCUCUUGUUAACUUUUCAUGCGGCUGCGAUGCAACCACCGCAGGCGCAGCAACUAGUACCGGUUGCUGAGGUUGCUCCCACACCGUCCACCAUGCGCAUCUGGACCUUAAAUGUGCCGCAGCCAGUCGACCUGCCUUGGCGUCCCCAAGGGUAUCAGACCCGGUGGCUCCGUGAGUUGAUGUGCCGUCUCCACCAUAUUCCGGAUCCGGGGGAGUUCCGCUCCACUCACUCCCAGCAAGGGGGUACUGUUCAGCACGUUCUCUUUGUGCCUGUCGUACCUCCAACCCUUCCUACGGCCAGGUUCUGGCUCCUCCAUUGGGGCGCCGCGGCGGUCGUUACCUUCGGUCACUCGCCCUUCAAUUGGGAGGUUGUCUAUGCUCACCUCCGCACUCUGUUUCAAGGUGGCCAAUUGCCGGAGCGGUGCCCCACACUUGCUUAUGCUGGCCAGUUCUAUGCCCCUGGCACGGUUUUGCCGGACUUCCCCUCGGGUGCUAUUAUCCAGAUUUUAGUCGGGGCCCUGGAGCGGCUACCUGGUGACGAUGACCCCUGGAACCCGGCCCUGCGCUUGAACCGGCCAUUGUUCUGGAUGGUCAUGGCAACAGGUUGGCUGCCGGAGCUCUGCAAUCCCCUCUGGUCGAUCAAGGUGUUCAAACCGACCUUUCCGGAAAUGGCACUGGCCUUGAUCAUGCCACUGUCUCCAGGGUGCAUCACCUCUCCCAGCGACAAUCCACCUGUCUUGAGACUCUCCUCCCAGAGUGCAUGCGCGGCUGAUACCUCUACGGCUGAUCUUUUGGAUCUCUGUGAUGCAGCAGGUUCUCAGGCUGUGUGCAGACUGCCGUGGGCAGCUUUGCUUCUUCUUGGCGUUCAGGUGCCUCGCGCCCUUGGGGCGGUUGGGAGUCUUCUUGUUCUUGCUACCCUCAACUCGGGGUCCAUCAUUACACCACCGCAGGCUAGCUCCGAGGAAGAGCAGGUUAAUGAUACUGCCCCUCCGGCUGUGCAGGCCACUAAUAUGUCAGCGGCGGACUGGGCCCCCGCACCCGUUGUGCGACCAGCCGGCCCUCCCCCGCCAGAGCCGGUGAAUGCUCCCUUCCAACCUCACAUGAUGUUUCUUCGCGCGGCGAGGCCACUUGAGGAUUAUGCCUUGAGACAAUGGCCCUCCACGGUAGAUAGGGAACCUGCAGCCGAUGAAGAUACGGUGCGGAGGGUCCAGGCUGACCUCCAAGGCCUUCGAUGCGGGAUCCGAACACUGGCAGCCGCGAUCCCACUCGGCACGCCCUUUUGCAUCCAUAACCCGUUUACCGCACGGCAGCAGUGUGAGUUGGUCGAGUAUUCAGCGGGCCCCGAAAUUAACCCCUUCGUCCUCUUCGAGGGUCAUGCUAGAGGCCGCGGCUGGGCAGGUCUGGUGCUCCUCCAGCCCCAGCCCGAUGCCAGGGCAGUUCAUCUCAUUGGCUGUCCUCAGGCGGCCGGUAACGUAGCUGUAGGGGUCGCUAUUGAGCACCGCUUAAUUCCCUGCUGCCUCCCCGCGACUGUUGAUAUCGCUGCCCUCAGGGCCCUGCGCUUGGAUGGCACUGAAUAUGACCUUCGGCCGCCUGAGGUCCAGGAAGGCACACAGGUUGUCCAGUUUAGGAACGGCGAUUGCCUCUCAGCUAGGCGGCAUGUUCCCCGUCGGUCCCACCAAGGCCAAGCUAGCAGGGAUCCUGCUGCUGCUAGAAGAACGGUGAGUGCGGGCGAGCGCGAUGCCAGCCCUGCUGACGAAUCCGCAGCCAUAGCUGCCUCACCAUCUCUCUGGGCCUCUCUUUUACUCGUGCAGGUCCUUCGCAGCCGCCCUGGCUCUACCUGGCUUGUUGCUGCCAUUCUACCCAGCCUGGUCCAGAGUAUGCACAGACCUGGAGGCUUCCCAUGGGGGACCGACUCGGCGAACCGUGUAUUCUCAGGGAUAACUGCCGAGGAUCCAGUCUAUGUAGUCCUGCAUAGUCCCUUCUUAGGGGUUUUCCCUCCCUACACGGCAUCUCAGGAGACCCCCCACUCGCAAGUCUGGGCGCAGUUCCGCAAUGAUGACCCGGGUUGGGCGGAAGACUUCUUCCCCGUUUGGCCGGGGCCGGCAUUCAAUGAACUUUCUAUCGUCCCAAUUGGACGUGAUCCAGCUUUGGUCACUUUGAUGCUUAUCUGGCGGGGCCACCACCGGGCCACACUUGUUCCCCGCACGAUGACCGUGGACUGGAUUACGUCCUUCACGGCCAGACAUAUCAAUAGUGCUGUCGGGGGUGUGUCUCUUCCCCACGGGCUUGCCGUCUGCGAACUUUUUGAUGUGCCACCUGCCGCGUUUAGGUUCCGCAACGGGGACGUCGUGUAUGUACAUGAUCCACCAGAUGACCCCGAUGAGCCACUUGAACUAGUGGAGCCCUGGCAUCUACAGGAUGGUCUGGCUGCACAUCACGCCCCCUGGGCGGUCGGAUUUCAGCUCAUGUUCCCGAUUUCAGUCCAUUUGCUGCGACCUGAAAAACCGCCCUUGCUCACCACUAUACCGGCCGGCGAAUCUUGGUGCCCUGAAGCGUUCUCCUUUUCCGGCGAGUUCCAGCACCAUUUCCCGGGCAUGUGGACACCUGUCCAAUGGACGAGUGCCCGUGCCCUGCAGCUUAUUGAGGUCAACGGGGUCGCUGCUCGAGUCAAUGUUGUCGCGGCCACGCCAGAGGGUCGACUAUGCCGUACUGUCGACCGCAUUGCCUCUCGGCACAGCGUUGCUGACCAGCUCCACUUCUGUCCAGAUUCGAUACAAGUUGGCGGAGUGCCUGCGUAUGCCUUGGACCAGGCCUGCGAACUCAGGAACGGUGAUGUGGUGUUUGGGGCAUUCGAUCGGAGUGCAUGCCCUCGUAGCCCAGGCUCCCCGAGCUGGUGGCUCGGUGUGACCCUCACCACCUUGCAUCUGAGCCAGCAGCGGCAGACGCGUCUGCCUCUUCUUGUGGGUUAUACCCUUUCAUACCACGCUGGUCUUAGCGACCCAUAUGCCAUCACUCCCUUUCAUGCGCCUCACACUGCCGCUGCACCUAGCUGCCAGUCGCUAAUCGGAGGGUCCUCCUGCUCUGCUGACGAGGACCCUCCCUGGAGUGGCAUGGCCCUGGGCUGCGCCUCAUCUGCCAUAGGUGGCCCACAGUCUUGGUGGCGGGGCUCUCUUUGCUGCCCCAUCCUUCCUGGUGUCUCGGCCGCCCUCCUGUUUCCCGGCCUACGCGGCAUUGCCCUUCUGGCGGCCUCCGCGUGUAUCCCUGCUUCUCAGGCCAUGCUUCAACAAGCGUCCGCCUCGUCAGCCACUGUCCCGGCUGCUGCAGCUCCUCGCGUCACUGUUACGGUUGCUAACCCUUUUGCCCCUUGGAAUCGGGUCGAAGCCGACCCGCGCCACCUCUUUGACGAUGUCGUCGCUGAUGCGCAUCACACUUUAGCAUCUUGGCAUCAGGGUUUUGCAGCUACGGGACUUGUGCUGGACAGCACCCAGGUUGUUGUUCCCUUGCCCGGGCGUCGCUUGGUCUGCUUGUUGGUGCAAGGCAUGGGUCAGCUGUUGUGCGUUAUUCUGCCAGCCUUCAUGACCCCGCGGGAUCUCACGCAAGCCAUUCAAAUGCGACUUGGCAAACGAGUCAGCGUCAGCCUGCUACCUGGACUGGCGGCUACUGUCCGUGCCAGCCGUCCGGUCCUUGCUCUGAGAUCUGGGGAUAUUAUUGCUAUCAGCCCACUUCAGCUUGACCCACUUGCCGGGCCGCGGAACCCACCUGUCUUUCUAACAUGGGGGGCUGCUCAUGCUGCGGCCGCGUGGCGCUCAGACUUUCUCGUUGCUCAGGCCUCCUGUGUUCUGCUGUGGUCGCCUGGCCGCCCUACGCGAGUCGCUCUUUUAAGGCAUCAAGCCCGAUGGAUUGCAGCUGCCGCCACGGUACAUCACCAUGAACAAGAGCUAGGAACCCACCGCUGGGCGCCUUGCCAUGGUCACCUCGGCGCCCCACCUUGGCUCGUUGAACAGUCUGAGGUGGCAGGCCGCGCUAAUAUUAUCCAGUCCUGCGACUCCACUCGUUGCAUUGAAGUGGAGCGCGAUGCCCAUGACCUUCACAUCUCAGGUUAUACUGUUCGUCCUGCCUCAAGUCACGCCUGUCGCACUGCCACUGUGCGCGAUGGCGACUGGUGGGUCCACUCAGCGGCCGUUGGGCUGCUUGGGCGCCAUCUCUCCUUCCCAGCACAGCUCGCCUGGCUUCUAUACAGCCUUGCCGCCCAUGCCUGGGCUGGUUCUUCGAGCUGCCCAAGUGUUGACUCCUCCGAGGCAAGAACCAUCCGCACCCGCCGGCGACCCAGCCGUAGUCGUUCACCGGGUUCACAGUGGCCGGGACGGUUUUUCCCUCCUCGAGUUGACUUUAAUGAUGGGGAGCCCUACGUUCCGCAGAGUGGCUGGCAGCCUGACGCCCCAGACGGCCCACUCGCACGCUGCUUCCCGGGGCCUCGGCCGCAGACUGCCAGAGUCCUCUGCCCCCUGCGGGGCUGGAGCGAGCUCUUGUUUAUUAACCUGGCAGGCACCUGGCGGGAAGUGGAGCAUGAAGGUGCUCGGCACUGCGGUCUCUGGUCGCGCAGGUUCUUUCCGGUGCGUGCUGUGCUUCCCGUCUCGCAGCUCACUCUUGCUCCAGUGGCCCCAUAUGGCCUCGUUACAGUUGUCUUUCACAUGGAAAGUUGCUCAGCCGUGGCUCUGGCGUCUGUUGACUCCAGUUUGGUUGACCUUCAGCGGCUCGCCGCUCGUGUGUUCACGCAUGCUCGCUACUGGCGAGUGGUUGCGCCGCCUGUGUUACGCGCGGCCAACCCGCACACUCAUCUACGGUUGCGUAACGGCGACGCCUUUAGUCUUGUUCCUGAACAAUCUCAGCCAGAGGCCACCCGCUUCCCACUGCUGCAGUACCCCUCCCUCGAGCGGGCCCGACAGGUUGCCAGCUGGUCUCUUCCUUUUCGGUUUGACUCUGGUGGGCUCGUAGUUCUCUGGUAUUCUAAUCGCCGGCAUGGGCACUACAUUAGGAUUAGGGAUACGGGCUACUGGGACCCUGAAGGUCCCACCUUUUGGAGCCUUAACGGGGAGGCUUUGUCAGGUUCAUGGGUCCCGGUCCUUACGGGUGACUUGUCGAGUCUUCACCUGGUGCAUCAAGCUUCCGUUGGUGAGGCGCACGUUCUCUUCCUUCUGCCGCCGGACCUCAUGCCACAGGGCCGGCGGCUCGCGGGCUGCAAUGCUUAUCGUGCCCCUCCUGGGUGGCGACUUCUGCCAGCUCUGCAAUAUGUUCGCGCGGACAGCCCUCUUCGAGACGGCGAUGUGCUAGUCAUUGACCCAGACGCCAGCGUGGUCUGGGACCCCUUCGGUCCACUUCCCUCUGCGGCCGUAGAGGAGUCUCAUUCUGAUUGGCCCUCCUGCUCGUCACCUUCUGAGAUACGAGGGGCCGGUUGGCUUGCCUUUCUUGCUGUCGCUGCUCGAUGGCCCCGUUGGCUUACUCUCGCUCUCCUUUCUCAUUACGUGUGUGGCAUGGUCCCGGUCCUGGAGGUGCCGGAUAGGCCCAUUCGCACAGGCCUGUACCCAUGGCGAGCCAAGCCCGGCGAGGAAGACCUUGUCGACCUCUCUCCUGGCACUGAGAUUGAUGUUGUGUAUCUCAGCCCUUUCACUGGUCCGCGGGAAGCUGGACGUCUCCCCACUGUGUCCACACUUGAGGAUCUGAGCUCGCUUGCGCGGGCGUGCGAUCCUGAAUGGGCUGCUGAUGUUGCGCCGGUGUGGCCCACAGCGGCCAUCCCUGCCCUGCUUGUUGUGCCCAGGCCCCUCUCUCUCGAUAUGGUGUGUCUCGCCAUAUCGUCCUUGGAUCAACACUUUUCCAUCCUGACUCCAUGUGUUACUUCAGUGUCAUGGCUCAGUUUUGCUCUUCGUUUUCUGCAGCCUAUGCAGACCCUGUCCGUGCGAGCUCCCAGCCCUCUCACUGCUGAGGCCACCACGGAUCAAAAUGUUAGAUGGCGCUCAGGGGACCUCGUUGUCGCUCUUCCGCCCGCCGCCUUUGUGCCUGAGUAUCAACCGCCCUGCUUCCACUCUGACACUCAAGUUCGUCAUUGCGCCAUAUGGUCGGUUGAUUUUUCAGUUUCCUUUCGCGCGAACUUCGUCCUGUGGCAACCGGGCGUCAGGGCCGUUCGGGGACAUGCCCCCGCAGGAGCUCGCUGGCAGGCACUCGACUUCACCUUCGAAGGGGAAUUCAGCCAACAUUACCCCGGUCGCUGGGUGCCCGUCCCCUGGAUUGCCCAGGACCACACGCAUCUCGUCCUGCUUCCUGAGGACCCAUCCCGUGCCAAUGUGGUGGUGGAAGCGGAUGGUCAAUGCUGGUGCGCCUCCAUCACUGCUGUCACAGAUGCGUGGCAACUGUGGACUGAACUGCCGACUGUCUCCGGUCAACCUCGGGUCCUCGGCGUUUCUCAUCGCGAGCUUAGGCAGGGAACUACCCUACGUAGCGGCGAUGUGGUGUCCGAGGCCUCCGGACGCUUUACACCUUGGGCCGUUUUCAGUUUGAUCGGGGUGUCUGGGUGGCGUACUGCCGGGCCUAGCGUGGUUCUCCUAGCUAUUGGACUUGCCUGGGGGCACUCUGUCGGGGCUACUCGCUACACUGGCGCUGCCCCGAGCUCCUCUCUGGACCGGCACGCAGAGGGCCCUCUCUUGCCAGACUGUUUCCCUACUUGCCAUCGGCUGUGGGAUCCUGCUUGUGGGGUCCUUGGACCCUUCCGUGGUACCUCCUUGGAGCCUCCCGUCGCUCUUCGAGAUGCUGCUCCCGCAUGGUCAUCCUUUACCCGGGUUCACCCUCCACAGGACCCUCGCCUUGUUGACUGGGUUCCGGUGCCCUCUGACCCGAUGUUUGCCACCGUCCUUCUCCAGUGCCCCCCGGCCACCCGGGCUGCUUUCCUUCCAGCUACGUGCGCCGCUGCGGAUUUGCUCCGAGCCUACAAUCGAAUUGUCCGGGACCUGUCUCUCAUCUUGGCACCCCCCGAAAUUUGGUGUGGGACGGCUACCUCACCGAACCCAACUCUUUUCCUCCGGUCCGGCGACGUUCUCACGCUCGCUGGAGAGACCUGGGCUCCUCGCCUUCGCUCGCCGGCCGGGCGUUACUGGGACACGCUGCUGCAGGCGCGUCACUUCGCCUUCUGGGGAAGCCCUUUCAGCAUACGCCAACCUGGGCUCCUGUUUGCCUGGUCACCUGGUGACCCGGUCCCACUCACUGUACCCACGGUUCGCGACGAACAAUGGGACCCCGUGCACUGCACAUUCCGGCCCUCCCUUGCCUGCUUCAGUGUCACUCGAUGGAUUCCUGCACAGCGGCUUGAUGACCUUGGUCUUCACCUUGUCUCUGAGAGCCCGAACCUGCACCGUGCGCAUGUUCUUCCCGCACAGCCUCCCCUGCACGUCCAGGUCGUUUCGCGACAAGGGUCGAGUGGCCUGCUGCGUGACGGAGACAGCCUCUCUGGCUGUCGACCAACCCCGUCCCUUCUCCUUCCCCACCUUUUAGUUGGGGGUCUGCUCCCGAGUACUCUCCGGCGGCUUUGGCUUGCGGCCCUUGGUCUCGGGCUCCUGGCAAGCUACGGCCCGCCAGCCUUCCCAGCUCAUCUGCUCUUUCCCCGUGCAGGGGCCCUUUCAGGGAACUGCCUAGCUCCCGCGUUGGAUUUUGGCCUCCUGUUCCGUACCAGCUGCUAUCUCCGCGCUCGGGGCGCGCCUGUUUGGAGCAGCACUGAUGGAAUCUCGUGGUCGGCUGAUGUUCAUGAGGAAUGCGUCGCCCAGGCUUCCAUACACCAACUCUGGUGGUCUCAUGAGCUUUACCCGUUUCUUCCCGCAUCCGCCCCUCCAUCAUACCGUCAGGCUUUCUGCAACUUCCCGCUCUGGCACGGGGGAGUGCCUGACCAGGUCUUCAUUGCCACUGACGGCAGCGGCGAGCAUGGAGGGGCUUGGGCCUUCUGUGUGUGGGCUUGGUGGCGCCAUCGAUGGUACCGCGUCGGUUGGUUUGGGGCCUCUGGCUAUCAGCUCCCCUGGACCCCUGACCUGCCGCCCUCGGCAGGCGGCCUCUCCUUCCACACUGAACUCGCGGCCUUACAGGCUGCCGGACUCUGGCUUAUUGCCUGGGUUGACCGCCUGUCCCUUCUCACAGCCUCUGCCCCUACCAAGGUUACUGUUGCGGUCGAUAACGCUGCGGCACUUCAAAUCGCAGCAGGGCAGGCCCAAGCCGCAGCACCUGCCACCACCACCACUCGGUAUGUUUGGCAGGCCGUUCAAGCUCGGCUCUCCACACGGUUCCAGCAUGUCCAUAGCCACGUCGGAGUGCUCCCAAACACCUUCGCGGACUUCCUUGCCGGCUGGUCGGGUCGAGUCUCCUGGCAACCGUGGAAGCAGCUUGACCCUUUGCUACCCUCCCUCAUGCAAAACGCUGGUGACGUGCUCCCUCCUGCCGAGGAUACCUUGACAUCCACUGAGGCCGCUGCUCCACCGGGUCGUCCACUUGCCGAUUCUCCCAUCCCUUUGCGCUUGGUCACAGCCAAUGUUCAAACGAUGCGUGACUCCAACGCUUCAUUCUUCAAUCCCUCAGGGCACGGUCAGCGGCGCCAGUACCUUUAUUCUCAGGUUGCUACCUUAGGCCUCGACGUUGUCUGCCUGCAAGAAGCCCGCAGCAAGGGUGGCCGUUGGGACACAGCCGGCCUCCUCACCUGGCGCUCCGGCGCGCAGAAAGGGAGUUACGGUUGUGAAAUCUGGAUAAGGCCUGGCAUUACCAAUCCGCCCUUGCGGCUUGAUGACUGGCGCAUCGCUAGCGCCGACCCUCGUCUUCUCGUUAUUGUCAGCAAGCGUGCGGACUUACCCAUUGCUGUCAUCGCCGCCCAUGCCCCCCACGCUGAGCGGCCCGCUUCUGAGAUUCACCACUUUUGGUCUUCGUUGCACUCGUCCCUGUGCCAGUUGCCCCGGGCUCUGUCUCUUGUUCUCGGCCUGGAUGCUAACGCUGACCUACUUUGGGCGGACGAAGACCACGCCUAUAUCGGCGACUGUCUGGGCAACAGUGAGGAGGGUGCUGGCGAGCAAGGUCUUUUUGACACUAUCCAGCGUUUCGGCCUUCUUGCUCCGGCUUCCUUCUCCGCCAUCCAACAGGGCCCGGGUUGGUCCUGGGAGCAUACGGGCGGUACCAGGAAGCGGCUUGACCAUCUCCUGCUUCAGGCGGGUCCAUGGCAGUGCACCCGCGCCCGUCAGCUUCCCGAGUUGGACAUUCUUAACGGCCGCAGAGAUCAUAUGCCUCUCCUUGUUGAAUGCUGUCUUAAACGACAGGCGACACUGGCACGACCCCCCGGGGCAUCCAACCGAGCUACCGCUAAGCAAGCACAGCUUAUUGCUGCCAGCCUUUGGCGUGAGCUCCCAUCUCCCGUGCGCAGCAUCGUUGAGGUUGGACAGGAGAUCAGGGAUCUCAAAGCUAGGCACCUCCGCCUCUUGGAGGCCCUUCCGAGAGCUCCUCGGCGGCCUGCCCGCCAGCCCUACAUCACUGCUGAGUCUGUUGCCGCCCUGGAUGUUGUGCGGCAGGCUCGCGAGCAACUCCCGCGCCUCCGCAGUAAUGUCGAAUGGCAGAAACGGCGCUUUCUUCUCCUUGUGUGGCGAUGGAGUUGCGUCAGGGGUCGAUCCGACACUGCUGUCCCCCGCCCAGACCCCACCGGGCUUCAACAUGCCAGGUUGUUGUUACAGGCCUGUAAUCUGCACAUCCGGGGUCUGCAGCAGAAGGCACACUAUCUAGCCCGCUCUGACAAGCUUGCCCAUUUCCGCACUCUUACCCUUGCUGCCACCCAGCACUGGGAAUCCACAGGCGUUCCUUUGGAAUCUAUCCGGCAUCUUCGAUGGGCCUCUCGCAAGGCCCAUGACCGCCGGGCUGUGCACGCCGCUGGCGGUUUCGACAUCGACCGUGAGCUUGAAGCACAAUUUCGUGACCAGGAAGGCGCCCGCCUCGUCUCUCCGGCACUGCUCUCACAAACAGCCGAGCAGUGGCUCUCUGUCGAUGCCACUCGCUCCCCGUGCCUCGAGGCAGUUCCUUCACUGCUCCAAAUGGAGCAAAUGUGCAUCCGACAGGCACCAGCUAAGGCACCAGGACCUGACGGCCUGCGGAACGAGCUCUGGCGGGAACAUGGAGCUCUUGCCGGACAAUGGCUUUGGCCACUCUGCACCCGCAUUGCGCUUCAAGGCCGAGAACCCUUCGAUUUCAAGAAAGCCAUCGUCUGCGCCCUCUACAAAAAGGGCCCGGCAUCAGUACCUGCCAACUACCGUUCCAUUGCCCUCCUUAACGGCAUCGCUAAGCUGUGGCAUUCGCACCUCCGCACCACGGUCGGUGGACAUGUGCUGUCUCGUUAUGAGCCCAUGCAGCUAGGAGGGCGCAGAGGUGUCCACACUGGGUUUGCACUGGCGGCUUUCCGAUGCGCCUGGGACCUUUCCGUCGCAGCGGGGCGGUGCGUUGCUGUUGUCUUUGUCGACAUCCAAGCCGCUUACUAUGAGGCUAGCCGAGAUCUUCUCUUCGAUGGCUUCCCUGACGAUGUUGAUGUCCCGGAGCACCAUCACCUUGCUGGACUUGUCCUCCAGCUUCACGGCCAGGGGGCUCUCUCCGCUCUUGGCGUUGCUGAGGAUGUCAGCGCGCUCCUUCGGGAUUGUGUUGCUCUGUCCCACUGGUCGCUCUCCGGGUCGGACAACAUUUUCUUGGCCUCCCGAGGCUCCCGUCCCGGCGACGGCCUAGCGGACGUUUUGUUCGGCGCCCUAUUUGCCAUUGGGCUGCAACACAUACAGCGCACUGCUUGUUCCAUGGGCAUCUCGCACACCAGUGCCGGGGUCGAGAUCGGCCUCGAGCCAGGCGUCAAGCCGAUUGGCUGGGCUGACGACCUUGCCGUCCUUGCGGACUUUGAUAGUCCUGCCGAGCUCCAAACACAGCUCCCCCAACUCACUGGUGUCAUUCUUGAUACCCUCCGGUGCUUGCGGUUCCGGGUCAAUCUUGGAGCAGGCAAAACUGAGGCCCUUGUCGAUAUUAGGGGAGACGGUGCACGCGCUGCACGAGGCGCCUUGCUCAGCGGCGACGCCCUUUUGGAAGUCUCCAAAGGUGACAGCAUUCGACUUUGCCCUGAGUACAAAUACUUGGGUGCGCGACUGCGAGCUGUCGGCACAGCGGGGGUCAGCGGCGGCGUCGCUUGCCCGAACCCUGCUGUGCAGCAAUUGUCUGCCCUGGGAACUGAAACGAGCCUGGAUUACCGGCCGAGUUCUCCUUACUCCUCCUUGGCCUUCUCGCGCGCUGACUCCGCCCGGGCUGCUGCGCCAUUGGCUGGACUCUUUGAACGCACAGCUAGGAUCCUGUUGUCUUCCUGGCAAGUCGGUCACAAACUUACCACCCCCUUGCUUCGGCUUCUCGCUGAUAUCACCCCUCCUGACCUUGCUACCACUGUUAGCCAGUGCCGCCUCUGUGUGCAACUUUUCUGCAAGGCUCCAGCGGCUGUCAGGGAAAUUGUCGAUGCUGCGUGGAACCGGGCAAUCCCUUGGUGUCAGGCCCUCGUCCUUGCUUGUUUGCGAGUGGGAGUCGCCCUAGACUCCUGGGACCCCGCCGCUCCUCCCGCCAUCACUGUCCUGUUCGUCCAGCAGAACGGACGCGCUCUCCUUCGAGCGUGCAAGGCUCUGAGCAAAUUUGGGCACAGGUAUGCUGCCUGCGCCCAGCUUUGGGCGGACCUGGCCACCCGUCGCACCACCAAGAUCCUAGGUGCGCCACAAUCCCACAGUUGUCCGGUCUGUCGAGGUGUUUUCCCGAGCCUUCAUGCAGUACGCGCUCACAUGCAUCGGAAACACGGCGUCCUGUCUGAUGUGACUGCCUAUAUGGCGGGCUCGGUUUGUCUCUGGUGUAUGCGAGACUUCCAAUCCUCGGAUCGACUGAAGCACCACCUUCAAACGCAGCGCUCCUGCCUGCACGGCCUGCGUGUUACAGUCGGCCCUGUCUAUCAGUACGGCUCGGGCACAAAACGUUCGGGUCGCGCCAGCCACCGGGGAGUCCCUCCACAACGCAUCUGCGGGCCUUGCAAUGCCACCCCAGCGCAGAGACGGGCGGCCGACCUCGGGGUGCCGGCCGAUGACGCGGCCCUGCAAGCUGAGUGGGAAGCUGUUCAACGCUCCCCUGCGCUCUCGGACCUUGUCCCCGGCAACCUGCAUCGACCAUCUUCCUUGUCGCCUUCCGACGAUGCCUCCGGCGCACAGCAGGCCUGCCUGAUCUCCGCUGCUCGUGGUUCCUCCCCCAAGUCCCUUGCCUCCCAGCAUUCCUGCUCGGCCACUGUUGAGGCGGCCUCUCCUGCGCAACACCCUUUGCAAUGGUUCUCCGUUGUGGAAGGGGCUGCUGGCUGUGACGACUGGGCUCUUCCCUCGCCCUGGUGGCCCGGGCUUCUCGGCCUUGGAGGUGUCUUUCAGCUUCCCUCCUCCUGGCACAGGCUUUGGCCUAUGUGGUCCGCGCUCGAGUUCUUUGAACCUUGGGAGCAUCGGGCCAUCCGCCGCUUUGGUGCGCUGCGCUCCGCCUCUUCUUGCGGGUUAGGUGCAGCAGCCACCCUUGCUGAUGCCACUACUGGCAAGUGGUCCCUGUUGGAGUUGGCCGCUGCCACGGUAUCCUUCCGUAUGAUCUGCAAGGCUGUCCUCCGCGGGGGUGCCCUCUGGCUUUGGGGGCGCCCCAGCAAUUCGGGUCUUGCCCUGCUGCGCCGCCUGCUUCCGGCGGCCUUCUUCUUGGACUUCCUUUCGCCGUGGGGACGGGUCUUCCUUGUCGCUUGCUCUGCUUCCUUAGCCUCCCUUGUGCGUGCUGUCUUUGCUCGCCCUGCCUGCUCGGCCCCGGCCUCGCUUCCUUUGCGAGCUUUUUGGGCCUAUCCGGCAGCCUGA